AUGCUCGCGAUCGUCUACGUCUCCGCGUUCGUCGUCGCCGCGUGGGCGCCGUUCGCGUAUCAUCACCGCGCCGUCCACGGCGUCGUCAACCCGACGCACCUCGCGCUGACGCUGUUCAACGCGAUCAAUCUGCUCAUCUGCCUCUGGGAGAACGCGCUGUAUCUCCACGUGAAGAAGAUCCGAAAGAAGUACCUCGCGAUGAAGCGAACGCUCGGCCACGGGACGUUCCCGCCGAAACUGUGCCUGUUCGAGGACGUGAGCCUUCGCGACGCGCUGACGUACGAGCACUGGGGGAUCGUGUGGGCGACCUACUCGCUGCUAGAUCCGUCGUACUCGGAUCAGAUGCUCUACGGCACGGUGUUGUACUUCGGGAACUACCUGAAGAAUCAGUACUACCGCGGCACGAGCGCGGCGUACGUGGGUUUAGUCGUCGCCAUGAACGCGAUAUGGAUCGUGUUUCCCGCGGCGUGGAUGUGGAUGUGCUGGGGGAUGAUCCGGACGGGGAGCCUGGACGCGCUUCGAUGA